CGUCUCUUUGCGCCGCGCGCUUCCUCCUCUCCCUCUCCCCUUUCCGACCUUUACGACUCGACAACCUCUGCGACUCCAGCCUUGCUAUUUCCCCCAGCACUCUCCACGCCCAAGUUGAUCUCCAAGUCCCAGAUACCCCUCGACAAACUCAGCAACAAUGGGUGGUGCAUCCCGCGAAGGUGGCAAGGCCAAGCCCCUCAAGGCCGCGAAGAAGCAGGCAAAGGACCUCGACGAGGACGACCUUGCCUACCUCGAGAAGAAGCGCGCCGAGGAGAAGGCCCGCAAGGAGCUCGCCGCCAAGGCCGGCGGCAAGGGACCUCUCAACACGGGCAACCAGGGCAUCAAGAAGUCGGGCAAGAAAUAAACCCAUCCAUCGCGUGUUGGGAGUGAAAUCCUGACGUUCGCGAGAGCGGGAGAGGCGAUACGGAGUCAGGCGAACAAGCCUGCGCGCAUCGACAUUUUGACUGGUCUUCUCGGAAGCCAGAGGGGGGGCGAAAUCGGCGCCAGAGCGCCUUCUUUUUUACAUACCUACACGAGCAUGCAAUGAAAUGAAAUUAAGGGUUCUUGGGCACGAUCUUGAAGAACAAGGGCAAAUGCGGGAACAAUCGCCGCGCGAGCGCACAU